CCGCUUCUUCCCGGUCCAGCUGGGCGGGGACUGCCCUAGGACUCUUUAAAGUCUGUGAGUCACUGCACAACCCAUCAAUCCAAUUAAAUGUCUUGAGCGAGCCGAGCGGGCGGUGCUCCCCGCCGCCGGCCGCCCCUGCUCUCGGCGCCCCGCUAUCCAUGGCUGGCUGGCUGUACUCCUCCCGGUGCGCCCUCCUCCCGCAUCUCGCCAGCCACGGCAACUUCCCCUCAGCCCGCCUCUGCCCCCAGGCCGCCGCGGCAUGGGCUAGACCCCGGGCCGCUUCUUGCCGUCUCCCGUCCAGCCCGCGCGCGGUCUCGCCCCUUUAGCUGUCCUCGCCCGUCCCCGCCGUUCCCCCGACAGUCAGUCCAUCACCCGGUCGGCUUUCCUCCGCGGGGCAGCGGUGGAGUACCCGCGGGCUCGGUAGGAGCGGGCGCCCCCAUCCCGCUCCUCCGCGCUCCCACCCGUCGGGUUCCCGGUCCCGCACCGAGGGACGCUCCGACCGACGCCCGCUCCCCGCGGCCGUACGACCCGCCCGGGAGCUGGACCCGGCGCCCACUUCUUCGCGGAAGGGGAACAUUAAGGCUAUCAGCGUGAAACUUGUGGGCAGAGGACAACGCCUCUGGCUCCCGUUGUUCUCCAAGCCUGGUUUCCCUCCGGUUGGCUGCUGGGUCUCCAUAAAGGAUGCAACUCAGGUCUGUCCGGCUCCAAAGAUAUAUGUUGGGCAAAGGAGGAAAACGGAAGUUUGAUGAGCAUGAAGAUGGGCUGGAAGGCAAAAUCGUGUCUCCCUCUGAUGGUCCGUCCAGGGUGUCUUACACCUUACAGCGUCAGACUGUCUUCAACAUUUCCCUUAUGAAACUGUAUAACCACAGGCCUCUGACAGAGCCCAGCUUGCAGAAGACUGUCUUAAUUAACAACAUGUUGAGGCGGAUCCAGGAGGAACUCAAGCAGGAAGGCAGCCUGAGGCCUGCAUUCACCCCCACUUCCCAGCCCAGCGACUGGCUGGGUGACGGCUCCAGGGAGGCCCCACCUGCCUUCACACACCAGGCCUCGCCCCCUGCUCACCCCUGCGACCUAGGAAGCACUACACCCUUGGAGGCCUGCCUCACUCCUGCCUCUCUGCUAGAGGACGACGACACUCUGUGCACUCUGCAGGCUGUGCAGCCUGCAGCUCCCACCCGACUCUCCUCUCGGGCCCUCCCGCCGGAAGAGGACAGCUUCUCCUCCGCCUUGGAUGAGAUCGAGGAGCUCUGCCCCACAUCUACCUCCACAGAGGCUGCCGUGGCGUCAGUGGCGCCCGACAGCCCGAAAGGAACCUCCAGUGAGUCCAGCAUCCAGAAGCCUGAGGGGCCCCAGGAAGGCCGCACAGAUGACUCAAGAUUCAUGGACUCUCUGCCUGGGAAUUUUGAAAUAACAACGUCCACAGGUUUCCUGACAGACUUGACCCUGGACGACAUCUUGUUUGCUGACAUUGACACUUCUAUGUACGAUUUUGACCCCUGCACAUCUACAUCAGGGACAGCCUCGAAAAUGGCCCCCGUGUCGGCUGAUGACCUCCUCAAGACCCUAGCCCCCUACAGCAGUCAGCCUGUUGCCCCAAGUCAGCCUUUCAAAAUGGAUCUCACAGAGCUCGACCACAUCAUGGAGGUGCUUGUCGGGUCCUAAGACUGCCUAAGCAGGCCCCGCAAGCGCCCCCCCCCCCCCCAGUCUCUCCUCACUGUGCAUGGAACCUUGCUUGCCUUUUUCAGAGAAAAAGAAAAUUUUACAAAAGGAUCACACUAGUACUUUCUUUGAGCAGAGUUGGAGUGCCUUUAUUCGCGUAUGACCACUUUUAAUACACUCUCUGAGUGGGCUCCUCAUAGACCCACUGCCCUGGCGCAGGCAGGAGAGAAGACAUUUGAAGACUUUUGCUAAUGUUGAAAGGUUCAAGUGGAGAGCUGUUCAGACGAACAGUUCAAGCGAAGCACAAGGGUUAGGUUGGAAAAGCUGUAAAUUGCAUGUGCAUAUUUGUCUAUUUUUUCUAUAAGUUUUAUUGCAAGAGGUAAAAAAGAAUAUAUAUCUAUAUUAUUUGGAUAAUCUCAGUACCUUUCCUGGCGUUUUGCCUUGUGUCAGCUGACUUGGCAAUUCCGCCUUUUUAGAGGCAUUAACUCCUCGUAAGUGUUGCAUUUACAUGGCUGUUUAGAAAACUGCUGCCCAAAUUUAUUUUAUAUUUUUGUACAGAUUCUGCAGUUUAUGAUAUUGUUUUCUAAAGAACAAAUGCUGUUUAUACAUAUGAGAUAGCUAUUUUGAUAGGAUUUGCUCACAUAGUUCCUGCAAACGUAAGCCGUACAAGUUGCACUUGUACUUUUAUAGAUUGUAAUGUUUUAUAUGUGUAUGGUGCAAGAGAAAAUUGGAUCAAAUCAAUCUGCAGUUGAUGUCCCCAAAUGCAAAUACACACAGCGCUUUAAUAAAGGGCCAGGUGAUCUGACACCCAAAUUUCACAAGCACCAGCCCUUGGCACGAUCACCCGCCAGUACUGUGACUUCCAAAGCCAGAGCCCUGUCCUGCUCAUCAAACUUGCAUUAAGCAGUUGUCGGGAGAUGGCUGCGGAUCCUGGGGUUGAUACGACAGUCUCCUUAGCUCCUCUUUUGAGCAGAGGCUCUAUCAUCUUGUUUAAGAGUGUACUCGUGGCCAGGUGUGGUGAUGCACCCCUUUAAUCCCAGCACUUGGAAGGCAGGGA